AAUACUGCUGGCUGUGGGGUUCGAACCCACGCGCACUUAUGUGCAGAAGAUCUUAAGUCUUCCCCCUUAACCUCUCGGGCAAACCAGCUUGUUGAUAUUCUUCGCAUGGAAUUAUAGAUGAUACAAAUUGUUUACUUAGAUUCAGUUUCUCAUCGAACAAUCUAGAACUAAGAAGAAACUUCUAACCAAUCCCAUUCUUACAAAAUCCACAAACCCUAACGCAGAAAAAUUCCUUUCUCCCCAUCGAAUCAAAUCAAACGAUUUCACAUUCAUUCAUCUUCAAUGGCGGAACAUUUGGCAUCAAUUUUCGGCACAGAGAAAGACAGAGUGAAUUGUCCAUUCUACUUCAAGAUCGGAGCAUGCAGACACGGCGAUCGAUGCUCCAGGCUCCACACGAAGCCAAGCGUCAGCCCUACCAUCUUGCUCUCCAACAUGUACCAGCGUCCUGAUAUGAUAACUCCCGGCGUUGAUGUUCACGGCCAGCCUAUUGAUCCGCGAAGGAUUCAGGAUCACUUUGAAGAAUUCUAUGAAGAUUUGUUCGAAGAACUCUCUAAGUGUGGGGAUAUUGAAAGUCUUAAUGUUUGUGAUAAUCUCGCUGAUCACAUGGUUGGUAAUGUGUAUGUUCAGUUCAGAGAGGAAGAACAUGCUGCAAAUGCUGUUAAGAACCUCACUGGAAGAUUUUAUGCCGGUCGCCCAAUCAUUGUUGAUUUCUCUCCGGUGACAGACUUUCGUGAGGCAACUUGCAGGCAGUAUGAGGAGAAUACUUGCAACCGUGGUGGUUAUUGCAACUUCAUGCACUUGAAAAGAAUUAGCAGGGAAUUGAGGCGCCAGUUGUUUGGAAAGCGCCAUGAAAGGCGCAGUAGGAGCCGGAGCAGGAGUCCUUACAGGCAUCGAAGUUAUGAGGAGAGGUCUCAUCGUAGCCGCAGCAGUAAGUAUGAUGACAGAGACAGAGACAGAGACUAUCAUCAUGAAAGUGAUAGCAGGAGACGCAGGACCUCAAGUCCUGGACGGAGAAGGGGAAGGAGUCCCAGUCGCAGUCGAAGUCCUGUUGGAAGGAGGAAUCGUAGUCCAGUCAGGGAUGGUAGCGAGGAGAGGCGUGCGAGAAUUGAGCAGUGGAAUAGGGAGAGGGAAGAGAAACAACCUGCAAAUAAGGUUACUACUGAGGAAACCCGUAAUGGCAAUAACGGGCACUCACAAAAUGCUAGCAGAUAUCAUGAGAAUUAUCAGCAGCAGCAAUCUCCUCAGGAGGGAUAUUGAUCUGUUUAUGUUACUGGUUUGUGUCCACUCUCUUGUUUUCAUAUUCCUAGAGUUAUAGGCAAUAGUUUUAAUUCUAGCACAUACCACCCACAGAACAAGUAUAGCUCACCAUUUUCCGCUGUGCAGGUGGUACAGGUACACUGUUCCAUGAAGUGGAAAAUGCCCCCUCCCCCUUGGGAUUUUUCCUUUUUACUAUGCAUGAUUAUAUGAUUCUGUGUGUAUGCUUGUAUAUUAUCACUUUUUGUAACGUUCACAAAUUGCAUCUAGAGUUUGCACCAUAUUUUCUGCAUAGAUCUUUACAAAACUAGUUUCAUUGCAUUCUUUAGUAGGUUUAUCCAUAGUGGUCAAAUAUAUUAGAAGUACUGCACUGCUGAGAGCUCUUUCUUGUUUCCAAUGCAUGCAUGCAUUUCAUCUAAAAUUCAUGAUUUUUACCUGCCUCUUGCUGUCCCUAUGAGUUUUUUGUUAUCCUCUAGCCAAAACUUUUGCUGGUUCUUUCUUUCAAAGUUGUUCAACAUUUACCCUUUUCUUUUAAUAAAACACAACACUUUUCCCCUUUUCAACUAGCUAAUUAUCAACAGUCAAUAAAUGGUGUGCGUGUUUGUUAUAAUAGUUUAAUUGCGGUUGCUGGAUGUGUGAAUUGUUUUGGUUACAGUCAGGGACCCUGAUCACCACCACACAGAAGACUAAUGAACGACCAAUUUCAACAGUUCUUUAAAGGGAUUUUUGUUUCAAUGAGAAGAGUUUUUAAAAUUGGAAAUAGCAUUGUUAUCUUACUUAGUUAUGAGUUUUGCAGGUUCAGGUAUCCCUGCUUCUAAGAAUCGAGCCAUUGAGUUAAUUGCAGUUUACCAUGAAAUUUGUGUACAGGUUCAGCCUAUGCUGUGGAAGGGGGAUGUUUUAAUGGAUCUUUCAGGUAUAACAGAUCUUGACGAGCAGUUUCAAAUGGGAAGUAAAAGUGUAAGGAUGAAAUUUUACUGAUUGCAGGCAAAGGAAUAUGUCAGGAUGCUUUCUUAUUGUAUAAGCUUUAGGUGCAUAUUGGAGACUGAGUUUUGAACUUUAUAUAUUUAUAUUUCGGUUGUAAAAUUGUUACUGAGGUUGUAGCUUUAGAUGCCUAUUGGAUAUUUAUAUAGUAUUUUCAUUUGGAUUA